AUGCAAUCAGCUUCACCACGUAUAUUAACAUUAAUAAAACAAGCUAAACAAACAUUUUCAAUAAUAUUAUCAAAUAAUGAUCAUAAUUAUGAUACAAAUGAUUGUAUUGAUUCACUUCGACGUUCAAUGAAUCGAAUAACAAAAUAUGAUUUAAAUUUUACAUUAUUUGAUAAUAUUAAAAAUCCUCAAUCAUUGAAUUCCAUUGAUCAAAAAAAUUUAGAAAAAUUUUUAAAUUCAAAUGCACCUGUUUUUUAUAUAAAAUUAUAUGAAGAUAAUAUUAUAUCAGUGGGAAUAUUUAUUAUAAAAUCACAUCAUCGUAUGCCAUUACAUGAUCAUCCACGUAUGUUUGGUUUAAUUAAAGUUCUUGAUGGUCAUGGUCAUUUAAAUGCUUAUAAUGUUCUUUUCGAAAAAAAUGAAAAUGAACUUAUUUGUAGUAAGCACAUAUCCACAACAAUUAAUUCACAAUCAGAAGCAGCUGUACUAUAUCCAAAUAAAUUAAAUAUUCAUGAAAUAUAUGCAAUUAAUAAUGAUCAUUGCGCUUUUUUGGAUAUUCUUAGUCCACCAUAUUCAAAUGAAAAUGAUUGCACAUGUUAUAUUGCUAAACCAUCAUCAACACCAUCAUCAUCAUCAUCAUCAUCAUCAUCAUCAUCACAAUCGACAACAGACUUAAAUGAAAAUGAAAGAAAUUAUAUUUUAAAAAGAAUAUCGGACGAUGAAUAUUAUACAGAAUCACUUCAAUAUACAGGUCCGCCAAUAUCCUUGUGA